AUGCACAGUCUCCCCAAACUGGCACUCACAGCCCUACUCCUCAUCUCGCCAGCAACAUGCGCCUCAAAUUCAAAACCACCAGGCAAAGACGCCAUCCUACUAUCAAACGUCCAAACCUUAACACUACGCGCCCACCGCAUGACAAGUGCACGACGCAUCUCACCAAUCCCACAACUUAGCUGCGCAGGCCCAUCAAAACAAACAUGCAACCUCUACCAACCAGAAGUAAUGCGCUGCACAAACCAAGGCUACGACUACGACAUCGAAGACGUGCAGUGGACAUGCACCACAGACCUACCAGCAGAAUUCAAGCUCGGCGCAACAGAUGUCAUCUGCGAGGGAUACCGGAAUGCCGAUGAUAAGUGGGUGUUGAAGGGGAGUUGUGGGGUUGAGUACCGCCUACUCUUGACCGAGGCUGGAGAGAAGAGGUUUGGGAAGAAAAGCAGUGAUUCGGAGUGGGAUUGGGCUAGGAACCGGUCUGAGAGUAGUGUCCAGAAGAUCAUGGCUGUGCUCGGGGAUUUUAUUUUCUUCGGGUUCAUUGCUGCUGUUUUCAUUCUGAUCUUAUGGCCUAUGUUGGCGCAAUGUUUCGGGUGGGGGAAUCGGCGAAGUGGUGGUGGUGGAGGUGGAGGUGGUGGAAAUGAUCCUCCGCCUCCGUACAGCAGUUUCGAUCCUUACAAAUCUGCUGGUCGUCAGCAGGGAUGGACGCCCGGUUUCUGGACUGGUGUUCUAGGUGGCGGUGCGGCGGGUUAUCAGAUGGGGAGACGGGCUGGUAGUGGAUCGCGCGGCGGGAUGCCAAUGGGCAGGUCUGGUGGAUAUGACCCAGGUGAAGGUAGCUCGCGCUCGCCACCACAGUUUUCAUCUACGACUGCUAGUACUGGGUUCGGGUCGACCAGGCGUAGGUGA